UAUAUGAGAGCUGUGCGCGAGCGCGUAUACAGUAUAUAUACUUAUAUGCCAUCGACGUCCGUUCGUUCCUGUAUCCUGUAUUUUUUUCUCGCAUUAUCGCAUUUAACGCGCUCUCUCACCCCCGUUGCGUCUAUGUGCUGCCUGCUGAACCGACUGUUUUGAUGCUGGUGUCGAAGGAACUUCAGCAAAGAUGGAUGAUCAGCAACACUCGCCACCAGACUACAAACAAAUGUCUAUAGAAAAGCUUAUUGAAGCCAUGACUUCAGAAUUAGGCAGUGGUACUAGACAUGUUUACAAUCCAUUAUUUGGACCACAAACGCAAUCUCACAAUUGGACUGACUACACACCUAGUCAAAUGCAGCAUUAUAUGACAAAUUCAACGUUGCAUUCUAAUCCAUCAAAUGUACAGCCAGUAAAUCCUAUAUCGUCUCCCCUUUUCAUGCCAGAUAUACCGCCCUACAAUUCUUCUAUGACAGCAACAACAGCAACCACUACUACAGACACAGAGCCAGAGGAAUCCAUUUACUUUCCUGCUCAAACUCUGAACCGUUUAGGAAUAAAUGAAAAUAAUGACUUGAUUGGAACUAUAGAACAAUUUAACAAUAAAAUGAACAACAUAGCAUCUUAUACUAGUAAUCAAGGUGUAAUAGAUCAAGAGUAUACUCCCAUAGGGCUCUUCCAUAGUCAACCAGCGCAGGUACCACUUAGCUCCAGUUCAAUAAAUCCGAAUACAAAUGGAAAACAAUUGAUUGACAAUCUAGUAGGGAAUUGGGUGCCAAAUCAAUCGGGAACUUAUAGUCCGUUUGGAGGAUCUCCUAAUCUUACUCCUGUACCACAAUUGACACCUGAAGCAAAAGAGAUAGAAGAAUUGCCAAGAAAUCCAGUAGAUACGCAACAGAAGAAACCUAGAAUAGUUGCAGAGGUAAAACCAAUGCGACCAUCGUAUUCUGAUGUUUUGACAAAGUCGAUUCCUACUCCACCAUCACCUUUGACCACUGCUCCAACCAAGCCAAAACAGGAGAGUGCGACUAAGAAGGUUUUAAGUAAAAAUUCAAAAAAUAAAGCAAAACCUGCGGUUCUUAAAAGGCAAAAUUCAUCAGGCAGUGAUGAGCAUGGGUCACCUAAAAUUCAGUUGCCGAAAAAAGCAUCAGAAAAAAUUAAUUCCAAUUUAUCAAGGCGCUGGGUCUCACUGGACAAUCUUGGCUCACAAACGGAAUCUUCUGAUUUGACAUUUGAUAGGUCUGACAAUUUUGAAAGGAAAAAGAGUUUUAAAUCUUCCAAAAAGAGUGAAAAAGGAGAGACAUUGAACAAUUCGAAAAUUCAAAAUAAUAGUACAAAGAAUGCAACUAAUUUGCAGAAACGUCCGAUACAAAUAAAUAAUAAUUUGAAUACUACAAAUAGCUUCAGCCAAACUGUAUCUACAGACAAAAUUGAAAAGAAUCAGCAAGCCAACAAUAAGGUCAAAGAGGAAAAGAAACUAAUUAAGGAAAAAAGCUCAAAACAUUCGCAAGCUGAAAAAGCGCAGCAAAUUAAGAAAGGUCAAAGAAAUCGUAAGAGAGAAAAUAAGGAUACUGCGUUUAAGGAUGUGUACAAAACUGCUAGCAAAUAUCUCAAUCGUUGGAAUAAAAUAGGAUUGAAGAUAUUCUUUUGGUUUUUACAUUUGAUCUCUGAUGUUGUCAGUAUGAGUGCUAAUCUAUUAGUACAACUUGGGAAAUGUGUGUGGUAUCACAUUGUUCUUUACUUAAAAUACUCAUGGUUUUAUAUAGUAUCCACAUUUUCAAAAAUUCGUUUUUUGAAUGCUAUUGGUAAACAAAUAGAUAGUUGGUUCGGAAAUAGCCGUUUCGCGUUUUGGCGAAGACUGAAAUCAAAGAGUGAAGAAAAAGAAGAGAGUACAAGUUGGAUUCGUGGUGGACUAGAAACUAACAUAGCUUUGCCUAGUACCGGAGAAGAAGCAAUGAAGAGGUUGCUUGCCUGUAAAGGGAAAGAUCCUUAUAGUAUAUUAGGUGUCACCCCAACAUGUACUGACGACGAUAUAAAAAAGUAUUACAAAAGGCAAGCCUUCUUGGUUCAUCCAGACAAAAAUAACCAACCUGGUGCUGAGGAAGCUUUUAAAAUUUUAGUUCAUGCAUUUGAUAUUAUAGGCGAGCCAGAACGGAGACAAGCGUUCGACCAAACGAGACAGGUCGAAGCUGCUUGGGGUGAAUUAAGUGAUUUACUUUCGCAGUUGCAUAGAAAAAUGGAACAAGCUGCUAACACGAUACGAUGUACAAAUUGCGGAUUGAGACAUAAGAGGAUCCCGACUCAGCGGCCAUGCUAUGCAGCGCGAUUUUGCGCUCAGUGCAAAAUACGGCAUAGCGCUAAAGAAGGUGAUAUUUGGGCAGAAUCUCGAGUUAUGGGUUUCCUUUGGCAUUAUUACGCUUGCAUGGAAGGCGCUGUGUACGAUGUAACCGAUUGGGCUGCAUGCCAAGCUGGCAACUUAAAACAUCUUAAAGCAAAUACCCAUACUGUUCAGUACAGAAUUGUAUUGGGUCAGCGCCCACCUCCACAUAAUUCAAGUAGCAGUAAAAAACGAUCAUCGGAUCCAAAUGCAAGUAAAGCGGAAUUCGAAGACUUCCUGAACAACCUGUAUAAUCAUAGUAAAGCAGGCACAUCGAACACAGCAGCUGAUCCGAACGCAAUGAAAGGUGACAAUCGACGACGUAAAACCAAGCGUAAGAAGUAAGCUAGUGUGAUAUCUACUUUUUCAAUGGAAACACAGAUGUCAACUGAUGCGUAUGCUUCAUUAAUGAAAUUAUAUUUUUUUUAAACGACUUUUAUGGAACGAGUACGUUGGAUUAAUUAAACCCCUUUAAAUGACAUUAACCGCGCUUUUUCUCGACUUAAGAUGCUAAAAGUAAAAAUGUUCGAAACGUCUAUAAUAUUUUUGUUGUUAAGGCGUUAUGGAUGUGCAUUAAUUAUCUUCUUCAACAUGAUGUUGAUGUUGUAUGGUGUGUAAUUGUCUUGCGAUAAUGUAAUGUAAAAAACCUAAGAGAUAAACUUCUAUAAUGCAAAAGAAGUUUAUUUCUACAGAUAUCAUAUUUUUAUUGGUUUUUCAUACAUUAGAGAAGUUAAACCAGAUCUAACGAUUUUAUACAAAUAAAACAAUCGCAAUUGUUUGACAGUAACAGAACAGAUUUUGAAGUCAUAAUGAAUACUGAAAGCUUAUAUAGAAAAACAAAUCAGUUACAUAUAAUUAAAAUAGAUUCUUUGGUGUAAUUAACAAAUUACAAAAAAAAAUAAAAUUAUCUGACGUGUGCAUCAUCUAAAUGUUUAACAAUUGACUAGUUUCAAGUGUGACAAUUAAAACUUGUUCAUCGACUAAUCCUUAGUUACUUAUAGAUUCAUUUCCUUUAAGUUACAACACAACUUUGUUGCAGAAGUGUGUAUCCAUGCACUUUUACUAGUAUUUACAUUGAUAUUCAUUCUUUUCAUCAUUCUAAUUGUCUAUAUAUAAACUAUGAACAUUACAAUUAAUCACGCGUUGAAAGAUGUUUUCAGAGCAUCAACUGAUUUGAUCAAAUUACUUGAUAGAUACGGAAUAAGACUGAUUUGUUUUUUUGCUCCAUUGAAGAGAAAGAAAAUAAGCAAUGUUCAUAUUAUUAUAAUAAACUAUGUGCAGAACUAAAUAAA